AAUUCGGGAAGGCGCCCGCGCGCUCUCCAGGACAGCACCGAGGAGGGGCAGUGUCCCCUAGCGGAGUCGCACCGCCUCCCGCUCUGCCGGGUGGCCAGCGCCGGGGCCCAGUAGGGUCCUCGGGAGUGCGAGCUGGAGUCGGCGACGGCCGCUUCAACAACGUGGGGCUGACAGACGGAAAGCCUGUGGUCGUGGCCCUCGCCUCAGGAGCUCUGGGAGCCUGGGUGACCGCGUAGGUCAGUUUCUCGCGGCCGACCUCGCCUGGAAUCCGAGGCAGCCUCAGGUUCCUGCCAGCCCCGUGCUCCGGGUGGUCUGCCCGCACCUGGUGGGAGGUGAGCGCUCCUCUCCCGGGAGUUUCGAAGGCUCGUCAGAAAUGAACACAGAAACAGAACAACAGCUUCUCCACCAUGCCAGAAAUGGCAACACUGAAGAAGUAAGAAGGCUGUUAGAAACCGUGAAGAGGAAAGAAGUAAUUGCUGACAUUAACUGCAAAGGAAGAAGUAAGUCUAACUUGGGCUGGACACCUCUUCAUCUGGCAUGCUAUUUUGGACAUAGACAAGUGGUCCAGGAUCUGUUGAAGGCUGGUGCAGAAGUGAAUGUGUUGAACGACAUGGGAGACACACCACUUCACCGAGCUGCGUUUACAGGACGAAAGGAAUUGGUAAUGCUUCUCUUAGAAUACGACGCUGAUACUACAGUGGUAAAUGGAAGUGGACAGACAGCAAAAGAAGCUACACAUGACAAAGAAAUCAGAAGCAUGCUUGAAGCUGUAGAAAGGACACAACAAAGAAAGCUUGAAGAAUUGCUUUUAGCAGCAGCAAGAGAAGGCAAAACAGCAGAACUCACAGCUCUGCUCAACAGGCCUAAUCCUCCUGAUGUUAAUUGUUCGGAUCAGUUAGGAAAUACACCGUUGCAUUGUGCAGCCUACCGGGCCCACAAGCAGUGUGCCUUAAAACUUCUAAAAAGUGGAGCAGAUCCUAAUCUGAAGAACAAAAAUGAACAGAAACCUCUUGACCUUGCCCAGGGUGCUGAGAUGAAACAUAUUCUUGUUGGUAACAAGGUCAUCUACAAAACUUUGAAACGAUAUGAAGGUCCUCUCUGGAAGAGUUCAAGAUUUUUUGGCUGGAGAUUAUUCUGGGUAGUGUUGGAACAUGGAGUCCUUUCAUGGUAUAGGAAACAGCCUGAUGCAGUCCAUAAUAUUUAUCGCCAGGGAUGCAAACACCUCACUCAAGCAGUAUGUACGGUGAAAUCCACUGAUAGCUGCCUCUUCUUUAUUAAAUGCUUCGAUGACACUAUUCAUGGCUUCAGGGUUCCUAAGAAUAGCCUAAAGCAAUCAAGAGAGAACUGGCUGGAAGCAAUUGAAGAGCAUUCUGCUUAUAGCACUCACUACUGUUCCCAGGACCAGUUGACUGAUGAUGAAGAAGAGGAUGCAGUUUCUGCUGUAGACUUGAAGGAGUCCUUAGAGAAAGCACAAGCAUGUCAACAGAGACUAGAUAGGGAAAUUUCCAACUUUCUCAAAAUGAUUAUGGAGUAUGACAUGGCUAAAGAAAUGCUGCCAUCAUUUCUUCAGAAAGUUGAGGUUGUCUCUGAAGCUUCUAGAGAAACUUGUGUAGCUUUGAGUGAUUGCCUUAAUCUCUUCACUAAACAAGAAGGGGUGAGGAAUUUUAAAUUGGAACAGGAGCAAGAAAAAAACAAAAUUUUGUCAGAAGCACUGGAAACUCUAGCCACUGAACAUCAUGAAUUAGAGCAGUCUCUGGUGGAAGGGUCUCCGCCUCUCAGCAUCCUUAGUGAGGACGAGUUCUAUGAUGCACUGUCAGAUUCCGAGUCCGAGCAGUCCCUGAGUCAAUUGGAAGCAGUGACAGCACGCUCCUUUGAAGAGGAAGAAGGUCACUUGAACAGUAGAAAACACAGAAUGUCUGAAGGAAAAGACUGUGGUGGAGGAGAUGCUCUCUCCAAUGGCAUCAAAAAGCACAGAACAAGUUUGCCCUCUCCCAUGUUUUCCAGAAACGACUUCAGUAUCUGGAGCAUCCUCAGAAAAUGUAUUGGAAUGGAACUAUCCAAGAUUACGAUGCCAGUUAUAUUUAAUGAGCCUUUGAGCUUCCUACAACGACUAACUGAGUAUAUGGAGCAUACUUACCUCAUCCACAAGGCCAGUUCAUUUUCUGAUCCUGUCGAAAGGAUGCAGUGUGUAGCUGCAUUUGCCGUGUCUGCUGUCGCUUCUCAGUGGGAACGCACUGGAAAGCCCUUCAACCCGCUUCUGGGAGAGACGUAUGAAUUAGUUCGAGAUGACCUUGGAUUUAGACUCAUUUCUGAACAGGUCAGCCAUCACCCACCAAUCAGUGCAUUUCAUGCAGAAGGGUUAAACAACGAUUUCAUCUUUCAUGGCUCAAUCUAUCCCAAACUAAAGUUCUGGGGGAAGAGUGUAGAAGCAGAACCCAAAGGAACCAUCACCUUGGAGCUCCUUGAGCACAAUGAAGCAUAUACAUGGACAAAUCCUACCUGCUGUGUGCAUAAUAUCAUUGUGGGUAAACUCUGGAUCGAACAGUAUGGCAAUGUGGAAAUCACAAACCACAAGACUGGGGACAAAUGUGUGUUGAAUUUUAAGCCAUGUGGCCUUUUUGGUAAGGAAUUACACAAAGUUGAAGGCUACAUUCAAGAUAAAAGUAAGAAGAAGCUCUGUGCUCUCUAUGGGAAGUGGACUGAGUGUCUAUACAGUGUUGACCCUGCCACUUUUGAUGCUUAUAAAAAAAAUGAUAAGAAAAACACUGAAGAGAAGAAGAACAGUAAACAGAUGAGCACUUCUGAAGAGUCUGAUGAAAUGCCAAUGCCAGAUUCUGAAAGUGUAUUUGUUAUCCCUGGAAGUGUUCUCCUGUGGCGAAUAGCCCCACGGCCUCCAAAUUCCGCCCAGAUGUAUAAUUUUACCAGCUUUGCAAUGGUUUUGAAUGAAGUUGACAAGGAAAUGGAGAGCGUGAUUCCUAAGACUGACUGCAGGUUACGGCCUGACAUCAGAGCCAUGGAGAAUGGAGAAAUAGACCAAGCUAGUGAAGAAAAAAAACGGCUUGAGGAAAAACAACGAGCAGCCCGUAAAAACAGGUCCAAGUCAGAAGAAGACUGGAAGACGAGGUGGUUCCAUCAAGGUCCUAAUCCCUACAAUGGAGCACAGGACUGGAUUUACUCUGGCAGCUACUGGGACAGAAACUACUUCAAUUUGCCUGACAUUUAUUAAAAUGUAGACAAGUCAGGGUGUUUGGCUAAUCUACAAAUAAGUCUUAAACCUAUGUUUUUAAAUUUUUUCCCUUGGUUUCUACUCAUCUUAAAAAAAAAACAAAAACACAAAACCUCAUAACUUGUAUUUUACCCAAGAAAAAUAGGGCAUACAGUGAUAAUGGUGGUGAGUCUUAGGGAAAAUGCAUAGUAAUUUUGCUAUCCAAACAUACUUAUUUGGAAUACUAUAUUAUAAAGAGGUAAGAGAAACUGCUGGAGAAGAUGCUUUUUCUGGUUGCUAUUGCCAUAUUUACUGAAGGUUUAUAUGUAAAUGUAACUUUAGCUUUAUGGAAUAUAUCAUAAUCCCAAAUCAAGUCAUUUUGAAUAUUUUUAUGCUGUCAUGCUUGAAUGUUUUAGACAUAACUUUGAAAUGUUUAGAAUUCUCCUAUACAAUGUUUAUGUGCUCAAAUGUAGAGGUUGUCAUUUUAUAAAAAUUGAUAAGAUGGCUUUUAUUCAUAUUAAUCCUUUCAACUUUAUCCCUUCCCAUCUCCAAAAAGAAAAAUACAAUGCCUGAAUAUUCAGAAUAGGUAUUCCUGAUUUGAAAAUUCUAAACUGGAAAAGGUACUUCAUUUACUUAUUUUAGUGCUCUGAGUUUUUUCUGUAAUCAUUGUCAUUAGAGAUAAAAAUGUUUAAAUUGUAUGUUUGAACUGAAAAUAUGUAUAAAAUAAAAAUCUAGCAAGUCACAAAAAUUCCCUAGACAUAGAUUUUAAUCACCAUUACAUAAUGACAAAACCUUUUUAAGUGCAACUUCCAGUGGCCAGUGCCACCAGAGAAUUUAAGCUGCAUUCAUGUAUUAUAAGUAUCAAACUAUAUAAAAGGAGGUCUUGUGCAUUUCAAAUUUGCAAGGUACCUGUGUAUUUUAAGUACAUAUGUAUGGAGAUCUACUGUACAGUAGUUUUGCCCCUUUAAUUGGGGUACAUUAAUCUUAUAGUAUUUAUCCAAACCCCAGACUGAGAUACUGAUCCAAGGGGCCUUAGGUAGCUGCCAGUAAAUUAUUUUAACUGCAUCUUAAAAGUUAACAAGUGUUAUAAUGAAAUAAUCUGAUGCUAAUAAAGACUUUAGAAUGUUCCAAAA